GCGCCGGAGCGUCUCGGCAGUGGCCGCGGCCGUUAUCGUCGCCUGGCGCUGCGGUGGCUCGCGGGGUUGGGAGAAGGCAGCGGCGGCCGGUCGUCGGUGGCCGCUAGAGCCGGCCUGCAAGGGGACAGGGGCGCCAGGACGGCGGCUGCUACCACCGGACUGCUCCUUCAGGACUGCAGUCCUGUGCUGCAGGGUCCGGGCUGCCCCGGGGCGGCGGCCGACUGGGAUGGCAAGAUAGCGGCGCGGGAGCGGCUGGGCUGACUGAACAGCAAGGACAAUGGCAGCUUACUCAUGGUGGAGACAGCCAUCGUGGAUGGUAGACAAUAAAAGAUCGAGGAUGACUCCAAACCUGCCAUGGCUCCUGUCAGCUCUGACCCUCCUGCAUCUGACGAUGCAUGCAAACGGUCUGAAGAGAGGGGUACAAGACUUGAAAUGCACAACCAACAACAUGCGAGUGUGGGACUGCACGUGGCCAGCUCCCCUCGGGGUCAGCCCUGGAACUGUUAAAGAUAUUUGCAUUAAAGACAGGUUCCAUUCUUGUCACCCAUUAGAGACAACAAACGUUAAAAUUCCAGCUCUUUCACCUGGUGAUCACGAAGUCACAAUAAAUUAUCUAAAUGGCUUUCAGAGUAAAUUCACGUUGAAUGAAAAAGAUGUCUCUUUAAUUCCAGAGACUCCCGAGAUCCUGGAUUUGUCUGCUGACUUCUUCACCUCCUCCUUACUACUGAAGUGGAACGACAGAGGGUCUGCUCUGCCUCACCCCUCCAAUGCCACCUGGGAGAUUAAGGUUCUACAGAAUCCAAGGACGGAACCAGUAGCACUCGUGUUACUCAACACAAUGCUGAGUGGUAAAGAUACCGUUCAGCACUGGAACUGGACCUCAGACCUGCCCUUGCAAUGUGCCACUCACUCGGUGAGCAUUCGAUGGCACAUUGACUCGCCUCAUUUCUCCGGUUACAAAGAGUGGAGUGACUGGAGCCCGCUGAAGAACAUCUCCUGGAUUCGUAAUACAGAGACUAAUGUUUUUCCUCAAGACAAAGUGGUGCUCGCAGGCUCAAACAUGACAAUUUGUUGUAUGAGUCCAACGAAAGUGCUUUCAGGACAGAUCGGCAAUACCCUUCGUCCUCUCAUCCAUCUGUACGGGCAAACCGUUGCGAUCCAUAUCCUGAACAUCCCCGUUUCUGAAAACAGUGGCACAAACAUCAUUUUCAUCACAGACGACGAUGUGUACGGAACGGUGGUCUUUGCAGGCUAUCCUCCCGAUGUUCCUCAGAAGCUGAGCUGUGAGACACAUGACUUAAAAGAGAUUAUAUGUAGCUGGAAUCCAGGAAGGAUAACUGGACUGGUGGGCCCACGAAAUACAGAAUACACCCUGUUUGAAAGCAUUUCAGGAAAAUCGGCAGUAUUUCACAGGAUUGAAGGACUUACAAACGAGACCUACCGGUUAGGCGUGCAAAUGCAUCCCGGCCAAGAAAUCCAUAACUUCACCCUGACUGGUCGCAAUCCACUGGGGCAGGCACAGUCAGCAGUGGUCAUCAAUGUGACUGAGAGAGUUGCUCCUCAUGAUCCGACUUCGUUGAAAGUGAAGGACAUCAAUUCAACAGUUGUUACAUUUUCUUGGUAUUUACCAGGAAAUUUUACAAAGAUUAAUCUUUUAUGUCAAAUUGAAAUUUGUAAAGCUAAUUCCAAGAAAGAAGUGAGGAAUGCCACAAUCAGAGGAGCCGAGGAUUCAACUUACCAUGUUGCUGUAGACAAAUUAAAUCCAUACACUGCAUACACUUUCCGGGUUCGUUGUUCUUCCAAGACUUUCUGGAAGUGGAGCAGGUGGAGUGAUGAGAAGCGACAUCUAACCACAGAAGCCACUCCUUCAAAGGGACCAGACACUUGGAGAGAGUGGAGUUCUGAUGGAAAAAAUCUAAUCGUCUACUGGAAGCCUUUACCUAUUAAUGAAGCUAAUGGAAAAAUACUUUCCUACAAUGUUUCGUGUUCAUUGAACGAGGAGACACAGUCAGUUUUGGAGAUCUUCGAUCCUCAACACAGAGCAGAGAUACAGCUUAGUAAAAAUGACUACAUCAUCAGUGUGGUGGCAAGAAAUUCUGCUGGCUCAUCACCACCUUCGAAAAUAGCUAGUAUGGAAAUCCCAAAUGACGACAUCACAGUAGAGCAAGCGGUGGGGCUAGGAAACAGGAUCUUCCUCACCUGGCGUCACGACCCCAACAUGACUUGUGACUACGUAAUUAAAUGGUGCAACUCAUCUCGGUCUGAGCCCUGCCUCCUGGACUGGAGAAAGGUUCCUUCAAACAGCACGGAGACUGUCAUAGAGUCUGAUCAGUUUCAGCCAGGAGUAAGAUACAACUUUUACCUCUAUGGGUGCACUAACCAGGGAUACCAACUGUUACGUUCCAUAAUUGGAUACGUAGAAGAACUGGCUCCCAUUGUCGCGCCAAAUUUCACCGUGGAAGAUACGUCGGCAGACUCGAUAUUAGUGAAAUGGGACGACAUCCCCGUGGAAGAGCUCCGAGGCUUCCUAAGAGGGUAUUUAUUUUACUUUCAGAAAGGAGAGAGAGAUACGCCCAAGACGAGGAGCUUGGAGCCACAUCAUUCUGACAUCAAGCUAAAGAACAUCACUGACAUAUCCCAGAAGACACUGAGGAUUGCUGACCUUCAGGGUAAAACCAGUUACCAUCUGGUCCUGCGAGCCUAUACACAUGGUGGUCUGGGCCCAGAGAAGAGCAUGUUUGUGGUGACCAAGGAAAACUCUGUGGGAUUGAUUAUUGCCAUCCUCAUCCCAGUGGCUGUGGCUGUCAUUGUUGGCGUGGUAACGAGCAUCCUUUGCUAUCGGAAGCGAGAAUGGAUUAAGGAAACAUUCUACCCAGAUAUUCCCAAUCCAGAAAACUGUAAGGCGCUACAGUUUCAGAAGAGCGUCUGCGAGGGAAGCAAUGCUCUUAAGACAUUGGAAAUGAACCCCUGUACCCCGAACAACGUUGAAGUCCUGGAAUCUCGGUCGAUAGUCCCUAAAAUAGAAGAUACAGAAAUAAUUUCCCCAGUUGCUGAGCGUCCUGGGGAAAGAUCUGAGGUGGACCCUGAGAACCAUGUGGUCGUGUCUUACUGCCCACCCAUCAUCGAGGAGGAAAUAACGAACCCCGCGGCCGAUGAAGUGGGAGGGGCUUCCCAGGUCGUGUACAUCGAUGUGCAGUCCAUGUAUCAGCCGCAAGCCAAAGCAGAGGAAGAGCAGGACGUGGAUCCUGUGGUGGUGGCAGGCUAUAAGCCACAGAUGCGCCUUCCCAUCAGCCCCGCUGUGGAAGACACAGCAGCAGAAGAUGAAGAGGGUAAGACCGCCGGUUACAGACCUCAGGCCAAUGUAAACACUUGGAAUUUGGUCUCUCCAGAUUCCCCGAGGUCCACAGACAGCAACAACGAAGUUGUCUCUUUUGGAAGUCCGUGCUCCAUCAAUUCCAGGCAAUUCUUGAUUCCUCCUAAAGACGAAGACUCUCCUAAAUCUAAUGGAGGAGGGUGGUCCUUUACAAACUUCUUCCAGAACAAACCAAAUGACUAACCAGGUCACCCUUUGUCACUUCAGUCUGCCAUCUCAGUAAGUCCUCCCUGCCGCUGUCCUGGCAGCAGCUGGGGCAUUUCUGGAGGGACCCUGCAAAUGUUGAUAGCCAGGGACCUUCACUCUGGGCAAGUGACACUAGAAGUGUUAAUGUGCUUUUAAUGUAUCCUAAAAGCCAGAGUGCAGUGACUCAGCCCUCAGCCGCGGAAACUCAAGAGUUGAAGCUGUUUUUGAUUGAGCCAAAGAACCCUCCCAAAGGACCUCAAGACUAACCAACUCUGUGUAGUACAUACAUGCUAACCAGAUCUCACAACCGUUUUCUGUUGUUAAUGGCUUUCUCAGCGUUGUAUGGUAUGGGAUUGCUAGUGGAUUUACAGGCAAGGGAGAAAACCUUCCCAAGUCAAACAGCGUUAAUUUGCCUGACAUUUACUGCGGUCUAGAGGAGAACCAAGCACAGAUCUUAAAGCCGUGGUGAUGUCUCUGUCCACAGCAUUUACAAAAGCAAAUCUAGUUUUUCAUGUAGCAGCAGCUAUCUGGCGUUCUGUUUGAUAAAGCGUGCUGAUUUCUGUGCCUACUGUAUAAUGGUUAUCAAACAGUUGUCUCAGGGGUACAAACUUGGAAAAAGCAAGUGCGACGCUGACCAGUCCGAAAUGGCAUCACACCGUCCUGCUUUCUCGGGGUGUGAAAACCUUUCCCCUAUCAUGUAGCUUGCACGACAGCUUCCAUUAGUAUAGUUGACUGCCCUAAUGUUGGAAAUCUCUCGAACUAUGCCCAAAUUUUCUCUAUUUGCUUUGUGUUAUGUUAUAGGGUCUGCUUCGUAAGAGCGAAUUUAUCAUUAUUUACAGGUAGAUAAUUGUAAUGAGUUACUACGUAAGAUGACUACUAAGAAAUAGCUAGUGGUGUGUGCUGACUGCAUAGCUGUGAUUAGACUCAGCUCUCCCUGAGAGGAUAGGCCAUUAAGCCUAACCAAUAGCUGGCUGAUGAUCGCUGAGGCUUCUCAGGAGCUUUCCCUGCUGCUCAUGAGUCUCGGCUUCUCCCCCCUCAGGCAGUUGGGGGUCCAGAGUCUCAGACCUUGCCUUCAAAUCCAUAAACUUAAACAUAAAGGGAGAUAACUUCCCUUUGGAGCAGUUAGUGGUUAAACUGUAAUAGAGGUCAGAAAACUUACGGAAGUGGUAGGUCGUGGCCUGUGAUGGUUCCGUCAGCAGUGAAGUGGCAGAUCCUGAGCACAGCACCCUCAAUACACCCUGGUCUCUCAUCAGCAACGUGUACAGGGAAUGGGAUUCUUAGAAAAGCUGUAAAAACCUAAAAUGUAUGUCAUGUGUUUGCUCUGCCUUUGGGUGCAUGACAGUUUGAAACACCCCAGGAGUAGACGACCUUUAUUUGUGUCAUCUGAAGUCCCCCAAAUCUUACAGAUAAUGGCUUGUUCUUUUAGUUCAGAUUUUAUCUUUUAUUUUUAUUUUAUUUUUUAUUUUUUAUUUCUUUUCUGACAGGGUCUCACUAUGCAGCCCUGGCUUUCCUGGAACUCACUAUGUAGAUAAGGCCAGCCUCAGACUCAGAGAUCCACCUGUUUCUGUCUCCCAACCUGGAACUCACUAUGUAGAUAAGGCCGGCCUCAGACUCAGAGAUCCACCUGUUUCUGUCUCCCAAGUGUUGGUGUGCGUGUCACCAUGCCUGGCUUCUUAUUUUAUCUUCUAAAGAAUCAUGUGAGAAAAAAAAUACAGGAUGACAAGGGACAAAGUCAUGAUCCUGUUUUUAACCCUAGGAUUCAACUACAUUUUGGAGCUCCAUGAUAUAGUUAGUAGCUCUUAGAAAUUUUCAGUACUGAAAAAUAUUCCAAGCCAGAGCCAACACCAAAGAGUUUCUGUCUUCCUUGUGCCCUCUGGCUCCAUCCUCUACCCAGCCACUCUAAGCCCUGCUGCCUCCUCCCCCCACACCACGCCCCUCCCCUUCUCCCACCCCCUCCCCCCCUCCCCACUCCCUGAAACAUCUUACUACUGCUAUGCCCUGCUUGGCCUCUGCCUUGUUCCCCAGUGAAGCUUCUCAGUUUCUUAUUCCCAUCUAAUUGGGAUCAGAGUUUGCGAAGGUUACAGCUCAUCAUUCCGCACUACGUUAAUCUGGGAACACGGGACGGUCAGGAGAAAUGGACUCAUUCUGUCCAAAGGAUGUCCUUUUGGCGUGGGUGUCCAGAAUGUUGGGAGUUUAGAGUGCUGCUCACCCCACCCUGCCUCUCAAGUCCAUUCUCAAGGACCACUGACUGAGGUAUGCAGAAGCGGGGCAGCCCUGGAUUAUUGUAGGAGAAUGUGACGUAGGACUAAGGCCAAGGCAGCUUUUUUUUUUUUUUUUUUUUUUCCCCAUUGAAGUGAAUGCAGCUGCCUCCCUGGGCAGUGUUGUUACCUCUGUGGGUGUGUAUAUAGGAGUAGCCUAAACAGGAAGAGGACAAGGGAGAAGCAGACCACCACUGCCAUGCCCUUAAUACCUGUCUCAUGGUUUGGGACUUUGGCAAGUGUGCACUGCGGCAUCAGUGCAAGGGUCGUUCGUGCCUUCAGUGCAAGUUGGCCUCGUAGUGGAUAUACUCUGACGUCGGGGGUCACUGUGAGAGAAGAGCCUACAGGUGUUCCCAGCUCGAAGUGGAUAUACUCUGACAUCAGGGGUCACUGUGAGAGAAGAGCCUACAGGUGUUCCCAGCUCGAAGUGGAUAUACUCUGACGUCAGGGGUCACUGUGAGAGAAAAGCCUACAGGUGUUCCCAGCUCUUAGGAAAAGGAGAGAAACUAUUCCUUCCUAAGAAGAGCCCAGUCAUUGGCCAGGCAACUCCAGAUAUCUCGACCAGAAUUAGGUUCCUGUCUGUCUGUUGAACAGAGCCACAUGCACACCCUUUUGUAAGCCAGUUUCAUUCAGAUUUCCCUGGUGAGACAUGGAGAUUGAGGGUAUCAUAAUACUUAUGAGUGGCCAUUUUCAAUAACAUCUAAUUAAAGAGAACAUUCUUAAAUACUUAAUAGGCUUUUUGAGUUUUACACUCCAUGAAUUAGUGCACAUGUACCUUCGGAAUCUUCCUGUUGGUUGAACCUGUGGUGUCCCGGCCUUGAGACGGCAGCUCUGCAUAUCUGGAACGCUGGGUUGUGUUUCUGAGCUGGGUGAUAGAGGUGCUUUUGUUCCUGCAGCUGGCAACAGAAGCCGCCAUUCAUCGGGAAGCUCGAGGGAGGAGCUGUCAGCCUCGGUUUGCACAUUAGUCUUGCUUUCGUGGUUCAGGGGAACUGGAAGGAUUGCAUUCCGAACACCCAGCACUGUCGCACUCAGACAUGACAGUAGGAAAUCACAGUCUUAGAAGUUCUUGCAAACUGAACUCUUGUUAGAAAGCUCUCCUGUCACAGUAAUCCUGACUGUAUUUGCAUCCGUCCCAGCCCUUUCAGUGCUCAGUAUACCUAAUUUAGUGAAAGGCUUAAGAAUGCUUCCUCCCGAUAGAAAUUUGAAGUCAAUGUCAUGGUAUUUUGCAAUUCAAGUACCCCUUCAUAUGUCAAUAUGCAGAAAGUAUUAUCUCAAAGUCUCUUACUGCUUAGGCACUUACUCAGAUAGAAUUUGUUGUGUUUGCACUAAGGUAAUUUCUACUGUUUCCUGUUUGAAACUGGGUUGAAAUGAGCAAAAUGGCCUUUUAAAGGAUCCCGAAAGUACAAUACUUGGCAUCUCAAGUGAAGUGUGGGGGAAGGGCCAUCAGCUGCUAAUGCCAGGCACACAGUGAGAGUUCUGUGUCUGUAUUGAUGGGGUCCCUUUCUAGAGUGUGACAGAUUCCGUGGAACUGUCUUGAAGGAUGGGAGAGAUUAAGAUGUGACUCGCAUAGAUAAAAAAGAAUUGACUGAAAGAUUUGGAUACAUUGUGGAAACAGCCCCACAGUGUGAGGGAAACUGUGAAGACUCAUCAGGCCUUUCACUAGAUGCGCCCUGUCAGCACCCUAUUCACUGCAGAGUUGUUUGCUUUUGUGUCAUGAGCUAUUAGCUUGGAGACCCAUCUGUACCAAUCUGGCUUGCGUUAUGUCAAGCAGCAUGCAUGAGCGAGCUUAGCUGAUCACUAGAAGAACUCAUUGUCUUGGUAAGAUAUACCAAGGCAUUUCCUUGAAUUGAUUUGAUACUUUCUUGUGAAAAAAAGUUUCAUGCUGUCAUACCUGUCUUACCUCAGUGUCCAGGACAAAAAAAUUUACAGAGGGGGUGGGGGUGGGGCCAAGCAAAAACUGUUAAUCUUUUAGACAUAACCCUAGAAUAUCCUUCAAAGUGAUUUCGCUUGAAUCGUGGAUUCUGCCCAGUGCUAUUCACCCUGUUUAAACCUCUUAGUUUACUAGGGUUGUUGGAUUUUUGCUCCCUUUAUCUUAAUAAUUACAUGACCAUAUUCAUGCUGAUUAUAAUACAGAGGACUUAUUUCUAAAUGGAGGCAUAAAUGAUUGUGAGCAACAUUUAGCUGAGCACUACCAAGUUUUGUUUUGUUUUGUUUUGUUUUUCCUCUUGUUAGAGUUUCUGGGGUUGUCCUCUGGCCUAGAAUAGCCACAUGCUUCUAAUUAUGAUACGAGAUUGUGACUGGAUCAGGCUGUCCUUAACCAGAGUAGUACUUCUUCUCCUGUAUUAUGAAUGGCAGUUUUUGUCCAAGGUGUAAAUAGAAUUUGCUUAAGUUAAAUUCUAACUGUGGCAUACUUUUAUUAUAAAUAAACCAUAUCCGAUUGCACAUUAAACAAGUGUGCAAUUUUUGGUUGCUGGAACCGAAUACUUUAAAAAUGAAAAAAACAUGCUGAGGAUAAAAGACAGGAACAUUAAUGUUAGUUGAUUCAUAUGGGCCUUCAAGAUCGCCUUUGUAUAGACAAUCAACAUGAAAAGAAAUCCCGCUGUAAUAGGCAUUUUGCUGUACUUAUGCCUAGAAUAUUUGGUACAUCUAAAUUGGCUGCCUUCCUAAUUUUAUUCUGAUUUCUUACAUGCGCUUUUAUUUGUAAUUAUUCCAUCUCAAAUGGGUAGUUUCAACUUUCCGAACUAGCUCCAACAUCCAGUAGCAUAUCUUUAGAGAUCAAAAUAUCUUUAGGUAGUAAUCCCAUCGUCCUUAAGUCCUGAGCAGCUGAGCCCUUUGGCAGGUGGUCCUAGAACAAAAGGCUGAAGGGAGGUUUGCGGGGCGAUGCUCUCCUUUGAUGCAAACACUUUCACUGUCUUUUCCGAUUAGCUCAAUUAUAAACACCCAGCUCCUUCCGCUUACGUUUCCUUCUGAUGUAGUCUUUGACAAAGUAUGAACAGCAUGGUGAAGGAAUGUUGAGGAAUGAACCCUGUCCAGCUCCUUGUGAUGGGGUAGAUGUUAGGGGAUACCACAGGACACAGCUGCUAAAAGACAUUCUCUUUAGAGUUGCUUUAAAAAGGUUGUUCUGGAUAGAGAGAUACGCUGAGUCCCAGAUGAUACCAACUUACAGGCAUGUCCAAAGGUAAAGUAAGCCAUCUGAAAAUUCUCAUUGGUCCUAGGAAAAUUUUUUAAAAUUUAUUUUACCAGAUCUUUCACUAGCAGACAGGCCAUCAGCCAUCUUCCCUGUAACACUAAGAAAUUACCACUUUUUUUCCUUUCAAAUUUGCAUUACAGUGCAUUACUGUUUACAAGACACACAUACUGUGAACAGAUCUAAGUCUUCGUCUUUUGUAAGGUUUGUAGAAUGAAUGUUGUUUUAAAAGAUGGUGUCAUGUUAAAUAUCUCUAGGUCUCUGUAAAUGCUAGCUCCUGUUUACUAACUUUUGUUUGGUCAGGUGUGUGUCCAUGUAGCUGAAAGAAGAUAGAAAUUGCUGUUUGCAUAACUUUCCCCUGUUUUGUUUCUUGCAAAAUUAUCACUACAGACUUGUGUUAAAUCAAAGGAUCGGUUAUGAUGUGCAAUACCUAAAAUCAUGUUCAGUCCUAUAAGGAAUCUUUUCAAUGCUCACACACAGGACAUAAAGGAGAUUGAUGUGUGUGUGUCUGCGAUUCACUCCGACUCAAAAGAUUCUGAGUUGAGUAUAGAAUAAAACAGUACUCACGGAGAUUGACAGCGGAGACAUUCCCAGCUUUGUGAAAUGUUAUGUCGCUGUUAAAACGGGAAAUUUGAACCCUUUAUAGCAUAAUUUCAGAAUUUAGCGUCCAUAUCUUUUGAGAGACAUGAUUAUCACAAGAACAUAGAUGAUGUAAAUAGCCUAAGACACUGCAAAUAUAAAACUACUAUCGCUUGGCUGUUAAUUAUAUAAAGAUGUUACCAAUGUCUGUUUUUAAAACAUGCAUGUAUUUAACAAUUUUAUCAUAGUAUUGUCAUGGAAAAAAUAAAUAUAUUUUCUUACAUCUUACCCUA